UGCAAUUUUAAUUAUUAAAAAAUCAGCAAAAAGUAGUUUUUUCAGGAGCGAUGUUCGUCCCGGUGUCUGUAAAGUAAGCGACGCAUUUUGCAUCCGUGGCUCAAGAGUAAUACUCUUUAUUUAUCUUCCCGUAAUUAUGAAUUCUGACGAGAUAAGUUUGUCUAGCCUCUCAACUGAUGAGAUGAAACCAGAUGAUCAAGAGAGGUCCAGGUCUAAAGAGCAUCGUCACAAGCACAAAAAGAAGCACAAACGUCAUUCACACAAGCAUAAACACCGCCAUAAAUCGUCCUCCAGGAAAGAAAGAAAACACAAAAAGCACCGUUCAAAACACAGACAUAAAGAAUCUGAAAGUGAGAGCGCAGAAUCAGAGGAUGUGGAAGAUGUACAACUCAUUGAUGAGCUGCUUGAGUCUGGCUUGGAGGCUUUGGUUACUAAUCACGAACGACCACGGAGUCAUGGAAGGGAUGUCGAGAUCCGGCGAGCAUCUGCUGGUAAUGGUAUUGUGGAGUCUAUGAAAAUUGUCGUCAAUAAUCAUAAUGGUAGCAGAGACCAGCCUGUGACUGUGUAUAGCAGUGAAGACGAAAUAGUUGAUCAGCUUUUGAGUGAUGAGAAUUCAAGAGAAGCCUCACGGAAGGCUGAAGAAUUUUCUUUAGAUUCCUCAGACUUCCUCCACAUCCAUGAGGACCUUAAUUUGGAGGAACUCAUGAAGCAGAAGUUAACACUGCAGGCAUGUCUAGGAGCAUACAUGAGUGAUGUGGAGGAUGAAGAAGAAUUUCAAGAGACACCACAGAAGCCUGUGGUAGCCAAAAAGAUAGAGGAGGAAGUUGUAACUAUCGAAGACUCUGAUGAUGCCGAGCCUAAAAAAAAGGAGCGGAAGAAGGAGAGAGAAUCUAGAGCUAAGAAACGGAAGAGAAGCAGAUCAAGAAGUGAAGUAGAGGAAAAGGAAAAGAAAUCUCGCCGGGACAAAGAGCGAAGAGAAAAAGACAGGCGUGAGGGAAGCUCAAAUCGCAGGGACUAUAGGAGGGAUCAUGAAAAAUCUUCCAUGGCACAUGAAAGGUCCAAAUCCAGAGCUGAAGAACGAGAACGCUUGGAACGCAGCCGUGAAAGGAGUCGUGAACGAAAGGAAAAAGAAAGGCUUAUGAGAGAAAAACUUCUUCAAGAACAGGAACAGCGAGAGCGUGAAUGGAAAGAAAGGGAGGAGCGUCGGAAAAGAGACUGGGAAAAGAGAAUGGAAGAAAGAAAAGAAAGGGAGAGAUUACGUGAAGAACGGUUGAGGGAGAGAGAAGAUAGUAGAGAUAAAGAGAGGGAACGGCGUAGGGAUGACAACUUCAGAGACAGAGAAAGAGACCGUGAUCGAGAAAGGGAUAGAGAUAAGGACAGAGAAAGGAGACAAGAAGCGGAUUACAGCCGCAAUAGGGAAAUUGAUCGAGAGCUGGAGAGACAAAAAGAAAUAAUAUUUGGUAAAGCCAAAGAAUCCUCAUCUGAUUCCGAACCAGGAGACAUUGAUUUUGAUGAAGAUGAAGAGGAGGAGGAGCAGAAGAUUGAACGAAUGAGAAAACAGAGGGAGGAACUUUACAAGAAACUGGGUCUAGAACGUGAUUCUUCACAAGUAACUCCUGCCACCAGUGAGGUGCCCUCUGGGAACAACACUCCUACGGAUUCUCCUGCUCCUGCAUCUAGGCCACCAUCACAAUCAAAAUCAGUGGAGCAGCCUUCAUCACCUGUAAAAUCAAGAUCUGGUUCUCCAAGGUCACGUGAGUCCAGUAGUGACAGCAGCACCAGGAGAAGUAGAAGCAACAGCAGACAAAGAAACCAAAGUGGUAGCAGUAGUAUUAACAGUAGUAAAAGUAGAGGUAGUGAAGACAAGGAAAAUAAGACAUCUAAACCAGAUGACAGUAAAAAUGAAAGUGAAAUCAAAGAAGAAAACAGCAGUCUAGAGAAGGACGAGAAUGUUCCUGAAAAAGAGAAAAAAAAUAAGGACAUGUUUUCAGACAUGUUUGGUGACAACUUUGCUGUAGAUAAAUUAGGAGAUAUUCACUCAGGAGCUGCUGAAAAUCCCAAUCUCACAGACAACUGGGAUGAUGCAGAGGGUUACUACAGAGUCCGUAUUGGAGAGGUACUGGACUCAAGAUACACUGUGUAUGGUUAUACAGGCCAAGGAGUGUUUAGUAAUGUUGUACGUGGCAGAGAUGCAGCUAGAGCUGGGCAAGAUGUUGCCAUCAAAAUCAUUAGAAACAAUGAAGUUAUGCACAAGACAGGGAAGAAAGAAUUAAAUAUAUUAAAAACCCUAAAUGAUGCUGACCCAGAUGACAAGUAUCAUUGUUUACGUCUGUAUCGACAUUUCUUUCACAAGAAUCAUUUAUGUAUGGUGUUUGAACCACUGUCAAUGUCAUUGAGAGAGGUGCUGAAGAAAUAUGGUAAAGAUGUAGGUCUUCAUGUGAAAGCUGUUCGCUCCUAUACACAUCAGCUGUUUUGUGCCCUUAAGUUACUUCGUAAGUGUAAUAUCCUUCAUGCAGAUGUCAAACCUGACAACAUCUUGGUAAAUGAGAAAAAGCUUGUGCUGAAGCUUUGUGACUUUGGCUCAGCAUCAAAAGUUACUGAGAAUGAAAUAACACCCUACUUGGUUGCUAGAUUCUAUAGAGCCCCUGAAAUCAUUUUAGGAAUGACUUAUGACUUUGGUAUUGAUCUGUGGUCUGCAGCUUGUACCAUUUAUGAACUCUACACUGGAAAAAUUAUGUUCCCUGGAAAGACUAAUAAUCAGAUGCUAAAACUCUUCAUGGAUCUGAAAGGAAAAAUGCCAAAUAAAGUGAUUAGAAAAGGAGCCUUCAAGGAUCACCAUUUUGAUGCAGCUUGCAACUUCCUUUAUAGAGAUGUUGAUAGGGUCACAGAAAGGGAAAAAGUAGUAGUAAUGCCUACCAUUAAUCCAACGAGAAACUUGCAGCAUGAAUUGCUUGGAGAAGGAAAUUUACCAGAAGACCACACACGCAAGGUGACUCAACUGAAGGAUCUAAUGGAGAGAUGCCUCAUGCUGGACCCUGUUAAGAGAGCAACAAUAGACAAUUGCUUAAUGCACCAGUUCAUUAGAGAAAAAAUGUGAUUUUAAUUUUGUCAAGUGUGUAUGGUUGUGAUAAAACUAUUUGGAACUCCUGUCAGCAGGCUCAAAUUUAUAUAUUUAUUUGCAAUUAUGAAUGUUAUGAGUGCUAAUGAUAUAAUUUAGUAAAUACUAAAGAAAAACAAUUAAAUUAAAAUGUACAAAAACCAAACUAGGUUUACAAUUUUUUUUUUCAUUUUGGAAAGUACAUGUGUAUAUUUUUCUUUAACUUUUAUUACUUGUGAAGUUUUAAUAUUAAAAAUUAAUUUUUUGGUAUUAUCCUCUUAGGAUCUAGGUGGCAAGUAUUUAGCCAUUGCUAUUGUAAAUGAAGAAAUUUAAUGCAAGGCCUGCUUGACUGACUGUUUACUCCUGUAACUGUCACUGUACCUGUCAACUUGUUACUGUAUUAUAUCAGCCAGAGGAAAAUCUUACAACAGUGUUGAACCAAAGAGUUUGUCUUGACUCAUCACUAGACUACUUUUUUUUUGCCCAUUUUACCCACUAAAAAUUUUAUGUUCAUACAACAUUCAUUAUGAGACUUAUUUACAUGAUUGUGUUAAUAGUUUGCUUGUAUAUAAGUAACAUUUUGUAGAAUUUGGUUUGUCAUACCUUCAUACUAUAUGCAGUACUUUUCCACUAAGAAAAACAUAAUGAUGAGAGUGUGUGCCUGUGAGUUUGCUUAUUAUUGAGGCUUCAGGUAAUAAUUGAAAUUUUGUAUAUUAUUUGCUGACAUAUACACAGUAUAUGAUAGAGUAUGCAUGGGGUCCAUGUUUGAAUUCUCAGAUUAAAUGAAGUAGAAUUUAGUCUUUCAAUUAGAAAUUUUUUAAUAUUUUUGUGCUGCAUUUCUUUACAAUGGCAUUUUAUUACUAUUUCAGUACGAGGGGAGAACAUAGGAUAAAUAAUAAGCAUACAAUUGUAUUAAUAUUAAUGAUUCUUCACAGAUUUAUUUUAUUUUAUUUUAUAUUACAAAUAAAAUAGU